AGGUGUCCCACAGAGAUGAAGUUCGAAAUCGCUGUCGCCAUCUUUAUCUCAUUCAGCUAACAUUAUACUUUGCAAAUUGUCGCUUGCGCGUUUUAUCUUGCACUAUUUUCUGUUUCGAUUCCUUUUCUUGGUUUAUACUUUUCCCUCUAUUGAUGCUGCUAUUGUCGAGUCACAAUGCGCUAAGGAUGGCAGGAUUUGGCCUGUUUUUCCGGGUCGGUUUGAAUCCAGUCGUUGUUUUCUUUCAGUCCUUCGUCAGUGGCAGGGGGGUGCUUGGUAUCAGAACAGCAGAUAAGCGUACACGUGAGUGAUGAGUGUGAUUCGCAGACGCUCCACGUAUAUCGGGUCUUGGCAGUAUGCAAAGUCAACACCCUCACCAGUGGGUUGUUGUUGUUACUGUUUUUAUUGUUGUGGCAUCGGUACUUUUUUCCUGUUCUCGGCUAAAUAUCGGCUGACACUGUCAACAUUGCUUAUAGGCUGGUUUAUAGUGUAUAUGUUGUCUAUCGAAGCAGCCGCUUCAUGGCUGUCUAUGCAUGCGGACUGGCUGUAGAACUGGCAAGGAGGAAGUAGCGUCAUAGGCCUCUUGACUCUGCCUUCAUUAUCGCUAGUACGACUUUGGUACUAGUACUCGUCGUACCGAAUUGUGCAGACGUGGCAGGCCUUUUCGUGAUCUUCGGCCGCAAACGAAGCUCGUAGACCUCUCUCGCUCUCAAUUCCUCUCUCCUCCCGUCUCCCUUUACAUUCUUCCGUACUCUCAAUAUCCCUACGUUCGCUAUUAGUACGGCUAUUCGUAGGUUGGCCCAACUACCCCCCUUUGCCCUCCGCUUCUGCCUGCCGCAUAGUAGCUGGGCGGAUCUCUUUCCCUCUAUCUUUUUUUCUCUGCCUGUCUGGACGGCCGUCCGCAUGCGUGGGUGUGCGUGUGUGCAGUGCCAACUGGCUGUCCAUCUGUCACUCAGAUCACCCUCACAGCGGCCGAUAGAGUGUAUUAAUUUGUCCGUGACGCGGUCAGUUAUUCUGUCAGUAUGUCUGUGAAUAUGAGAGCACGUUUAAGCGUAAGUUCGUGUCACUUCCCCGCACUGUAUCUACGUGUGUUAGUGCUUGCCAGCCUAUGCAUCCUAUACCAUUACAGCCUGUUUUCGAUGCCCGUGUGUCUGUCUGUGAGCGGGGUUGUGUCGACCUGUGGCCGUUACGAACGUUCGCUGAGCGUCGUGCGUGCGCGCGCGCACGUUUCUGGCUGACGUCUGAUCGUAGCGGCGGCAGCGGCGGCGGCGGCGGCCAUAGUGGCAGCAGUUCGACCCUCAGCUCAUCUGCCCUCCUCUGUUUAGCCUUCCUCCACAAGGCGGUAGUGGCGCUAGAUGACGGCAGUGGCCCGCCGCUGCUGCCGCUGUUUGGCCCGCGCACAAACCUCCUUACCUCCGCUCUCUUCAUUGUGGCGUCGUGCUGUUUCAAGACAGUAGCACUCAACCAGUAGAGACUCACUCGACUCGUAGUCUGUGUCUGCCGGCUGAAUCUGGCGAAGCACCGUCAGCCAGUGCAACUAACCAGCACACAGGCCACGAAAUCAGACAGGAUUUCUGGCGAUAGGCCACAAAUAGCGCGACACAGCCUGUUGACUCACAUAUUGUCCAAUCACGCAGCUGAACGGUCACAGUUGAUAUAUCGUACAUACGGCGAGUUACCAGCCGCUACGGCGACAAGCGAUCGACCUAUCCGACGCUUUUUACUUUACUAACCCCAGCAUCGUCAUCAUCAUCAUCACCACCACCACCACCACCACCACCACCACCACCACUACCACCACUGUGAUGUGUGCAUACAUCCGCGCUCCAUAUACUCGCUGUUUACGGUAUAGAAUAUAUAGUCCGUCAUUUCGUUAGUAGAAGUAGGUGAUAGGUGUUGUCGUCAUCGUUGUUGUUAGCCUCAGCGUCGACAUCAUAAUUGCGAAUUGACAACCUUCCAGCAGACACCUGCGGCUGUUGUUGCCGUCUCCGUAAAUGACGCAUGUUACAGCUUCAGCCGCUGUUGUCAUCAUAAGUGACGGAACGACGAUGGACGGAAGAGUGAGUGGAAUUUCAGAGCCGCGUAUUUAUAUCAGCAUGGCGCGGGCCGCAUCUUGACCGGCUGGAUUACGUGAGUGUUCCGCGCCACCCCAAAAUCAACAACCAUAUUUAUCGGACCUACAACACAGCCUUCUUAAGUGGGCAACGAAACGCACGUAUCACGACAACGUCGACGUGAUCAGUAUCAGUGACACCAAUAAACGUACGAUCUAUUCUGUCUACAUUUGACUUUGCAUAGAAAUAAAGAAGCGUCCAUUUUACGUCGUAGAAGGUGGCGAAAAAAACACGAUGCAGAUGGAGCUCCAGGUAGCACUAAACUUCCUCAUAUCAUUCUUAUAUAAUAAAUUGCCUAGGCGGCGAGUUAAUCAUUUUGGUGAGGAGCUCGAAAAGGCACUUCGGCUUAAGUUCCAGGGCCACUGGUACCCGGAAGCUCCGUACAAGGGCUCAGCUUAUCGCUGUGUAAGAACAACACCGCCGCUGGAGGCGGUAUUUGGUAUUGCCGCCAGGGAAUCCGGAGUUGACUUGCGAGAUAUUGAAGAAAACCUGCCACGAGAGCUCUCCAUCUGGAUCGAUCCCGGAGAGGUAUCCUACCAGAUGAGUGAAAAAGGCCCAGUCAAGGUUCUUUAUUCAGAGUCCGACACUGUGGAAGAACGCACAGAUCGCGAAGUAACAAAAACUUUCAACCCUGAGGCCCAGUGCUUUAAACCAGUGGACAGUCUGAGCCAGCAGAUCGCUGGAAUUGCUGUGGAGGAAUGCCCCAACUGUACAUCGGCUCCCAACCCCAGCUGUGAACGUUGCAGCAGCUCUCCGUUCAGCUCUGGCUCAUCACCCCCAUCGUCAUACAAGAGCAUUUCACCUACACCGCCAAUGUUUCUUAACAAGCCGACGCAACCCCUCACGUUCACAACGGCUAGUUUCGCUGCUACAAAAUUUGGUUCUACCAAGCUCAAGAGCAAUUCGAAGCGUAACAACGGUCAACGGAUGUCCCCCACAGAAUUUUCUAACUAUAUUAAACAGCGUGCCAUGGCACAACAGGUGGCUCAACAGCAGUUAUCGGUUGCCGGCACCCUCGGGGGCAACGUCUCGCCAAUGUUCGACAGGCCGCGUUCUCUCAGUCCACACCCAUAUGGCACCCAUCUGGGCAGUCAUGCGGGGGGCGUUAACGGCCAUUCAGGCCAGCAUCUCGAUCACCCGCUGGCAAGCCCAUUCCCACUGGGAGCCGGUUCGCUCUAUCAUGGUGGGCCUCCAUUCCAUGGAGCCACGACAAUUGACUUCGCUCGCUCACCCAAUCGCGGUCGAGCCUAUUCUAUGCAAACCGCGGCCCAUCACAACUCGACGGCCCAUUUGGCUGCUUCGCCUAACCACCUCACCGUCACUGUACCCACCCCGCUUGGUGGCUCGAUCGGGCUGUCGACGUCCGCUGGUAACGUUUCGACUUCGCCCAGUCCGCCGUCUUCUAAUGGGGACUAUGCCGAAUUUACAAUCCCCGGAUACUCAUCCGCAUCCACUCAUCAACUCCUUGUCGCAUCAAACUGAAAUAGCAUUUUUCAUUGACACUCCAGAGGACAUGAGCGUAUAUUAUCAGUCCCACCCAGCCACAAAGUCAAUUCCAGCCCCAGCCAUAUGUCGAAAAGGUCACAUCCUUUAACUUUAGCUAUCACAGGAAGAUAAGCAGAGCGUUUUACGUCUACCGUCAACAACAUCGACCCCCCCCCCCCCCCUAUUAAUUUCACCCCAACAUUUAUCUUUGUUUCCCACCACCGUCCGAGCUGCCUAUCAUUUUUCACUCGUCGUUUACCACGUAGAUAAACAUCUGUAAGCAACGGUUCCCACAAUCGAAGCAUAGCAGGAGCCAAAUUCGGUUUACAGAGAGGAAGGGACAAUUCCGUUGACGCCAGAUUGUUGCUAUCCAAGAAGAAACACGCAGCUCACACGCUACCAGAAAGAUCACCGUUUUUGCCUAGGCGCAAUUAAUAAAUGCUGAUAAGGGACGAAGGCGAUGUGAAUAACAUACGAGUGGUGUACCCCAGAAAGUAAACCGAGGGAAAAGUCUUUGGUCCGACCGUCGUGAUUCUUUGAUUUUCCCUAUGGGUACGAACGUUCGUUACUAUAUAGCAUUUAGUUUAAUAAACAGAAAGGACGAACGUCAGAAGCAGCGGCAACAGCUAAUGAUUUGCUGCUUUAAACAAACAGAAGAGACGACAGACCAAAACGUGGCAGCAAACUGAACAAUAACAAAAUAUAAGGGAACUACUGGCGUCAAUAGAAGUCACGACGACACUAAUGAGGCGGCUGUUAUAGUUACGCAAUUGGACAAAAGACAAAGGCGAGAAAUGUCCGGAUGCUUUUAAUGUCGAGAGCAGUAACAAGCACGCGAAAAAUCGGGGCAGCAUAACACGUACAUAAACUUAUAGACCGAGAUCUCAAAGACGAAAAGGAAUAAACAGCAGAUAAAUAAAGUUGAUUGCGUCUAGCAGACGACAACAAAAGUCGCACUCACAGCAGUCAAAUUCUGGAUUCAUUCACCGACUCAGGACAAAGUCCCCGAUCGAGGGGGCCAUAUUUGCCCAAAGGAGUCGAUUUUUUUGUACUUUUAUAUAAAGAUGAGAUAAUGGAGACGAUUAUUACGAUAACGUUGACUGAUGGAGAUAACUCUCGAGGAUGUUGUUGUUGAAAUAGAGUAAUUCAGGAGAAGACGCUUACGCAAGAAGGAAAGAAUAUGGACAAUAAUAGACAGAAGACAAGAGUUCGAACCCACGGCAUGAAUGAGACGGCCAUGGGAGAGACGAAAGGGCUAAAGUAAAAAGGUCAGACCACGCAAUGUUGAUGCACGUGACGAGCGAAGAAGCAGCCAUAUGAUGAAGAUAACUGAUGUUGUAGCCGUGCUUCGUUUCAAGUAAAAGGUGGCGAACAUCUGUGUUAACAGUCGAAGGGCAUAUUCGUGACCGAUUCCGACGACAAAGGCAAUGCUGUGAAAGUCCUAAGGUGCGGGGAGCUUGACGACAGCCGCGGUGGAUAGAGCCAGAAUUGUCUGUGUCCCGUACCUAUGAAGUCAAGCAAGAAGUGAUCGAGUUGUAUACUCCGAAGAAAGUCCAUACAGGAGAUAGGAGGAAAGGCACGGGAAAUGUUCAUUUUGCUUGAGGAUACUAGUAGCGCAAUAGUUUGGCGAGAAACGUCUGGUGAACGUAACCUAGUAGCAUAUGGAUCGAUGUUGAGUUUUGAUUGCAAUAGAGACAAUUAAUGGUGAAGACGACAUCAAUUGGAAAUGCGAGUAAGGUGGAAACUUGGCCGUGGUGGACCGGAGUUCGUAUGAUCCCUAAUAAGGCUCUUCUACAUACGAACUGCAGGAAAUACGGACAUAUAGGCAGGCAUUCAUGAAUCUAGUGCGACCAUGUCGUUUCUAUUUCUUCGGUUCUAUUUCCUAUGAGAGAAAAGCAGGACAAAUAUGACGACUAUAUGAAUGCUGAUAAUAAUAAUAUUAAUCAGAGGCCGAAGAAAAGCAAAAAGGAGAACAAGUGGAAGUGGUGCAGAUUAUUUUUACUAUUGUUAUUUUUACUAUGAUUAUAUUGUUAUUAUUGGAUCCCUAUUCUUACGACUACGCACGCAGUUAUUACCGUCAAACUCAGGACAACAGUGAUUCACGUGGCCUAUAAUUGAAAUAAUGAUCGGCGUUGCAAGCAACCAAAUCACGCAAAAGGUGAGAAAGUGACAACAACUUUAUCAUAAAAGUAGCAACACCAGUAUGUUACAAAUCAGAUUUAUAGUCAUUCAGUAAUUAAUCUUAAGCUUUAGCAUAAAAACAAACGUUCGUAAUUUUUGUUGAGAACUUAGGGGCACUAACACCUUUCUCCUUUAACUACAAAAGAAACUUCGAUUGCAUAAUCAUCUAGCACAACGUCUUCGUUUUUAAAUCUACCGCUGAUUCCUAACGCAUGUUGAAAAGUUGGCGGGCACGUGUAUGGCGGAUUAUAGAACGAUUAGACGCGCAAUAUCUCCCAAGCAUCUAUAGCGAUUAGGUUCUGCAUCUGAUUUUCAAAGGGAAGUUUCUCACAGGCGACAGAAGUACCCGUACCAUAACAGAUAAAAUCGGCAUAACGUGAAAAAGGUUCAUUUUUUCAAUCACAAUUAAAAAUCUAUUUCUCGGUUGGGAAGAUCCACACGUAAUGGUGGCCAUGUAUGUGUGUGCCGUAUGGCGCACAGACUGUUUCACAAUAAUGGAAAAGUCCCGUGCCAAACUGUCCGAAGUAUCUAAACCACAUCAACGAAGCACACGAUAUAAUCACUACUACUCCAAUUAUUAUUCAAUUAGCACCGAGACGAGAGAAUGAAAUUUCCUUUCAUAUAAACACAAUACUGUCUUAUAUUACUAUAGAAAAUAAACACUUAAUUGUUAUACCAUUAUUAGAAUCAGCUCGACCAUCAUAAGCGACUGUUAAUAUUAUGAUGAAGUGAAGACAUUAUGAUGAAGAAGAUACAGUAAACGAGCUAAUUAUCACACAACAAAUACAACUCAAACUCGGUGAUUUCGUAGACAACUGGCCCAAUGUUGACUAAUAUGUAGCAAAUUAUAUUUUACUACUUUAAAGAGAGAAAAUGUUUCGUGCGCGAUCGCGGGUCGACACCUCCUCUAUGCGGCCGUCUGUCUUCAUUUAUUUGCACAACGGCGGAUUCCAAUCAAUAUCUACUGGGAGAUACCGCUAUCGUGAUGGGAUACAAAGCCCCUCUUUAAUACAUACGUAGUCAAAGGAAACGGCAUCGCCGUGUUCGGAGGUAAAAUCCGCAACCCAUGGUUAAUUCUUCCCAGCAAAGCCUACUAUAUAUUGCUUAUUAUUAUUAUAAUUAAUAACUAUUCAUGCUACUUCGACUGAAACUAUUACUAAAAACGUUAAUGUAACACAAUCCGGUCGGCUUGCACCCGCUCAAUCCUUCUACAAACCCUUCAAAUGAACCUAGUAUGCAGGUUCAUACACAAACACGCGUACAGAAGAACCGAAUCUUCUCCUGUUAGUCACUUGCAUAAUACCCUGUUAUUCGUCCAGCCUUACCUCUGAAGAGUUUUGUUAUUCAUUGUUUUAAAAAAAUAUAGCUACGACUAAUAUUCUACUAUUAUGAAUCCCAAACGAGAACCCUUGUUAUUGCCUAAAAGAAGGAAAUAAAAGGUAACUAUGUUAACUAUCCCUCUUCUACUUUCCCCCAUCGAUCGUUGUUCUUCUAUUAUUACUAGUGGCUAUUGUUAGUCGACCAUAAUAAUAAUAUAGUUGCAUUAGUAACGAUGAUUGUUAACUCCCACACCUAUCCUGAUCUUAAUGCAACUUUGCAGAGCUCUAGCCCUUAACUGGUUCUUCCCACCAUCGACGGUAAACUGGCCACAACUCAACCUCCGUCACCUCUGAAACCCUGAACCCCGAUUAGUUCCUCGAUACAUGGCUAGGCGUUCAUAACUUCCGCAAGGUCCUAUCCAAGGUUAUUGCAAGUGGGUCUGUUCAAGGUUGUUGCGGGUUAUCCAGUGGACUCUAGCGAUCGCAAUGAGUUUGCUUCGACACGAGAACGUGAAGAGAAAAAUAGGGAGGAUAGAGGUGUGUGUGUGUAUGUGUGCGCUGGCAAAAUUGCACGCCCCUCUCAAAAGAGGUAGCCACGCUAUUGGAGCCGAUUGUAACAAGUACAGGACAUACAGAGAAGGAGACGAGAAAACCAAUGGCAUGCCCAAUUGAGCAACGACAACACACGACCUCGACUUAAUGCCCAAAGGUUGGCAUUUCUAUUAAAAGCUGUUACUAAAAGUAAUGCUUAACAGAUAACAAUAAUAACAUUUAGUCUCAGCCGUUUACGGAAGUAUAACAAUGACAGAUGCAGCUGAAGUGGAAAAAUAAAGAAAACAUUGCUGUGCAUUUUAUGGAUUACCUCAAUUGCCAUGCUACAUACAAACUAUAUAUAUAUAUAUAUAUAUAUAUACGAUCCUGUUUGUUUGUACUCAUUUCACACCGUUUUGUUGAUCAUACGUAGAAGCCAAGUGUAUGGCAAAUAUGGGGCGAACACAAUGAUGAGAACGGAUCGCAGGCUGAAGAAAAGGCGAGGUCGUACGUUCUACGUUGUUUCUAUCGAGGGGUUUUUCACGAACCUUUCCGAUGCCUCAGAGUCAUCCAGCUAACUCCUCAACAGGCCCGCCGAAAGGUGUACGGGAGCUCUGCGAGAGUCCUUGAAUGUCUCUCAUCAGAUGUCACGAUAGGUUCCGUAGCACGUCCGGGCCGUAUUUGAGCUAAAAAUAAGGUGCCGUUGAGUUUUUAUGCAGCA